AUGGUGGAUAGGUAUAGAUAUAUAAAUCCUUCGAGAGUUAGGACAUUGGUGGUCCCAAUUAAUGGUUGUACACAAGCAGACUUUGCCAGAUAUCUCGAAUUGGUACGAUCAAAUGCUAAUGAAGUUAGGUUGUUAGACGUAACACCUAUAGGUCAAUUACAAUACUUCAAUCCACAGACGUUUCCACACGGGAAAGUGAUGUUUGACUAUGUGUCGCAUGCACCCGAAGCAGAGUCGAUUUUUUUGCAUGAUUUUGAGCCGUUUCGAAAGACGUUUAUCAUAGUUGGGGUCGGGAAGUACGACGAAGGAGUUACGUCAAAGGAGCAACAGACACAGGUGCUUGAAAGUUUGAAGAAAUGGCAUCCUAGUUCGAUAGUGCAUAAUGUGAUUUAUUUCGAUACACCGGGGGACGUAAUUGACGAUUUAAACCCAUCAAGCGAUCAUUCGACAAAGGAGGUUUUUUACCACGAAGGAUCGUUAGAGCACAAUAUUACGGCAUUGGAAACACUCAUGUGUGAGGUUACUAGGAAUUUUUUAACGGCAUUGGAUAGCUACGCAUCAUCAUAUUUAAACAUAACAUUGAGGUCUCCCGUCUCUAUAAGCGACAGUCACAAUUUAACCAAGACUAUAAGUAAAGCGCAGAAAAGGAUAAGUUCUAGUUCUGGAUCUUUUAAAGUUUCAUUUUCGUCAACGUCCAGCACGAAUGGAGCGACGUCGGCUUCGGACUUGAAAUCAAAAUCUCAACAACGACACAAUGGUAGACGGUCCAAACUCUUGGGUAGUUUCUAUUUAUUAGCAGGUAAAUAUUCAGAUGCAUUAGAGUAUUUUACUGAUUCCAUAGCGAAUUUGAAGAAGUGUGACGACUAUUUAUGGCUCGGCAGUGCCUUAGAAGGUAUUGGAAACUCCGUUGUCAUGUUACACUUCUUAGGUAUAUCAUACAAUUUAUCAAGUGCUACCAUAAUUUCAGUCUUGCAAAUCUCCAAGAGUAAACUUAAUGCAAUAGCAUCUGCAGUAUCUGCUACGAAUGUGGAAAGUUCUUCUCCGAAAAAGAUAUCAACCGAUUCUUUAUCCCGUAAUAGUACGACAAACGGGCAUUUAUCGGUGCCGCAUCAAGCCAAUUCACCGAGAAACUCGAGCAGUAGUACGAUAAAUUUUAAUUUUGCAACUUCCAAUAUUCCUGGCUCAGGUCCAGAUUUAAAUUCUUUACCCAUUCCUCAACUAAUAAAAUUGAUUUCUUCAAAGGCUUUACAAUAUUAUCAGCUUAGUACCAGUGAUUACGAGAACACGGUUCCUGACUUAGUUUAUGUGGAGUCAUUGUUAAGACUAAUUAAAUUUAUGAUUUGCAUAUAUCUUGGUGGAGAUGAGUUGAAUUCUACGGUAAUGGAUAGCAUUGUGAAAUCAACACCCAUCAAUAACAAACUGAGCAUUUAUUCAAGUAAGGAUGAUAAAUCGUGGUUUCUGAAACGAGAUAUACUUAAAGAGAUUGAUAAAGUGUUUUCUUUACAAUUAGUUGAUAUGGAGUUAAUUGACCAAUGCAGAAUUUACUGUUGUUUAGCAACCAUGUACAGCGAUUUAGAGCUAUUCAGAAAAAGAGCUUUUAUCCUUCGAAUUUUAUUAGUUAGUUUGCUACCUAAAUUGGAAUUAGCGGCAAAGGAGAAAGAAGAUAAGAUUGAUUUUGACACUCAGAGAAAUAUUUCAAUUAUCUCCUUUGAGGGUACGUCUUCUAAUGGAAGUCAGGUGUCCAGUAUUAGACAAAUAUAUGAAUCUUUGUUUGAGAUCUAUAAAAUAAAUGAGGAAACGGAAUGUUCAUUGGAUUCUGCUUCACAUCAUGCCCAGAGUAACUGGGUUUCCUUACAAUUAUCUCUUUUGAAAUUAUGCUUGAAAAUCUCAGAAACAAUUAAAGACUAUCCUUUUUUGAUGAAGUUAUGCACAUUACUAUUAACCCGUUAUUCUCAUUGUUUACCUAUUGACGAUCAAUGCAAAUUGAAAGACAAAAUUGAGUGGCUAUCAUAUAUGUCUCAUAAAAAUAAUUCAAAUAUCGUCGCACCGUAUUGGGAUCCAUUCUUGGUUAGGAAGGUGAAAUUUAUAAGUAACAGGAACAAGGAUGAAUUGAUACCAUUUGCUGAAUACCAGAAGGCAUCCAAUAAUGUUGGAUUAGUUGAUGGGCUGCCAAGUCGUAAUAUUUCUGGCCCUUCUGGUGCUAAUCAGCCGUUUGUUUUCAAUCCAUUCAACAAAGCUAACAAUACAGCAAUGAAUAAGGACAAGUUGUUAAUCAAAGAUGAAAUUUAUCAAUUGAAAGUAAGCUUACAAAACCCAUUUGCGUUUGAAAUUGAGCUUAAUGAUUUGUCUAUUGUAACAGAUGGCACAAUAACAGUUCAGACUUUAAAAAGUUUGGUGAAAUCAUCUAGUAAUCAUCAGGUUCCAUCGCCAAAUUUAAAUUCGUAUAAUAACCGAAGUAGACCUAAUAGCAUUAAUAAGAUGCGAUCUGCUCCACAUAUUUCAGCUACCCAGAAGCGUUCCCAGUCUACGCUUUUCAAUAAUAAUCAAGGUCAAAUGGAGACAACUCCUUCUUUAAAUGUCUUCAAUGGCACAAACAGUACGAUAACGAUUGGUCCAAAGUCAGUUGAACAUUUAUUGGUAGCAUUUAAGCCAUUAGAAUCAGGAGAACUAAAUAUAAAAGGGUUUGAGAUUUCUAUUUCUAAUUGCCAACCUCAAUUUUUCCAUAUAAUCGAUAAAGAAAUUUACAAUGGAUUGCUGAAAGUGAAGAAGUUUGCUAAUAAUGAUGAAAGUGAUCAUGAAACUGGGGAUAAUAUCAUUGAAAAUCUAAUUGAGAACAAGAUUGAGUCUCGAGCUAUAACAAAGAUUUUAACUCUUACAGUAGUUCCUCCUCAGCCAAAUUUAACCCUCACUAAUAUUCUGUUAACUAAUGGUUGGUUAAUGUUGCUUGAAGGUGAAAAGUACAAAUUUUCAAUUAGCUUAUCAAACCAAUCAAAUGAACUAAUUAAUUACCUUUCUUUUUCAUUUUGGGAUUCGACAAUCGAACCUUUGAAUAAGAAGUUAAAUUCCAUUGGGAUUAAUAAUAACCAAAAUAUGUCAGCUUCUGAUAUUCAUGAAAUUGAAUGGCUUCUAUUAAAAUUCAAGCCGUUCAAAAUAUUGAACAAGGAUGAAAUCAGUAGCUUUUAUAAGACUAUUGAACCUCGUGGAGAUAUCAAGAUCGAUUAUGAAGUGACUGGAAAGCGAGGCAUGAAUGAGCUGAAAAUAAUAUUGGAGUACGCUAACAAGCAAUCCAAUGAUGCAUUAAAGAGCUUUGUGAAACACGUUCAUGUGCCUCUAUGUUUGUCGGUUGUUCCGUCGUUUGAAAUGGUAGGCUUCGAUCUUUUGCCACUUUUGUCUUCUUCCCUACAAGGUCUUGAAGAUCGAGAGCUGAUGGUUCAAGAGGGUGAUUUAAUUCAAAGAAACCUUGAAGCUGUACUAAAAUUUAUAACCGAUAUAUCAGAAAAGCAAUCAGAGAAGGUUUCCGAUUAUUGUUUGCUCGUCAUUGAUUUAAGAAAUUCUUGGAACGAGAAGCUUUCAAGUAAUCUAACUUAUCAAGUUAAUUCGAAAGAUAAGUUUAGUGUGAAAGAGGAUAUAUCAUCGGGAAAAACCACGAGGUUCCUUCUUCCUAUUAAAAGAAUUUCAAGCAAAGAAGCAGGCUUAUCCAAGCUAAUUCCGUCGUUACGUAAUAAGCAAUACAUCAAGAAUUAUCUGAUUACCGAAGAAGAGGACAUGGAUAUGAGAGAAUUGUUCUGGUUAAGAGAAAGUAUUUUAGAGAAACUUACAGGAACAUGGGGAACUAUUCCAAACAAAAGUACAAAGCAAAGAUACGGUUCAAUUGAAUUAAGAAGUCUUAGAUUAACGCCAAAAAUGGCCGACGUACUUAUUUAUUCUAAGAUACAAAUGCAUCAUCAACUUUUUAAUGAGAAUGAGCCAGACAUUUCGAUCAAAAGAAAUGGUUCCCAGUUUCGUUUACAGACUGAAGAAUUUUACACAUUACGAACAACAAUUUGCAAUGACGCGGAUACGAGCAUAACUGGUAUGCUUAGACAUUUACCAUAUCCAUUAGCAUGGCCAGUUCCUCCGUCCAGUAUUGCCAACAGCUUAACAUCAAAUUUUGCCAAGAAUCAGAUGACCAUUGACAGACGAAUCUUGAUCAACGGAAUACUCCAAACUAGCAUAGGUGACGAUUCCAUCAGGCCCGGUGAGUCUAGGCAACUUGAUUUAAGCUUUGUCAUAUUAGAAAAGGGCGAAUAUGAAUGGGGUUCAGUUCUUGACAUAUUUAAUAAAGAAGGGUUGAAGAUUGUCGGACGAGAACCCAUUUACAUCUCUGCAUCUUAG